GAGAGAAGCAGUACCUGGUGGAAAACACCUGAAUUUCUAGGGUGUUAUAGCUUGAAAUUUGAAAGAGAGCUGAGACUUUCUGCAUCUCACGUACAACACCUGCCUUGUGACCGUUUUUCUUUCUGCUGCCCUCUCCCAAACUCUGCCCCUCAGAUAGCCCGUGGCUGGAGCAGCCCGAGGUGCAGCUGCUGCUGCAGACUGUCAUUAAUGUGCUCCUGCCGCCUCGCAUCAUCAGCACCUCCCGGAGCAAGAACUUCAUGCUCGAGAGCUCCCCGGCCCACUGCUCCACCCCCGGCGACGCAGGGAAAGACUUGCGCAGGGAAGGGCUGGCCGAGUCCACCAGCCAGGCAGCAUACUUGGCGCUGAAGGUGAUCCUCGUCUGCUUUGAGAGGCAGCUUGGAAGCCAGUGGUACUGGCUUAGCCUCCAGGUGAAGGAGAUGGCUCUGCGGAAGGUGGGAGGCCUGGCCCUGUGGGACUUCCUCGACUUCAUCGUGCGGACAAGAAUACCCAUCUUUGUGCUCUUGCGCCCUUUCAUCCAGUGCAAGCUUCUGGCCCAGCCGGCAGAGAAUCAUGACGAGCUUUCUGCCCGGCAACACAUUGCAGACCAGCUGGAGCGGCGCUUCAUACCACGCCCAUUGUGUAAGAGCUCGCUCAUUGCUGAGUUCAACAAUGAACUAAAAAUUCUAAAAGAGGCAGUUCACAGUGGGUCAGCCUACCAGGGGAAGACAUCCAUCAGUACCGUGGGCACCUCCACUUCUGCUUACCGCCUGAGCCUGGCCACCAUGUCUCGCUCCAACACAGGCACGGGCACUGUCUGGGAGCAGGACAGUGAGCCCUCCCAGCAGGCUUCCCAGGACACCCUGAGUCGGACUGACGAGGAGGAUGAGGAAAACGACUCCAUAAGCAUGCCCAGCGUGGUAAGUGAACAAGAAGCUUACCUCCUGAGCGCCAUUGGAAGGAGGCGGUUCUCCAGCCAUGUCUCCAGCAUGUCUGCACCUCAGGCGGAGGUGGGCAUGCUACCCAGCCAGAGGGUGGCAAGCGUACAAAGUGAACCUGGCCAACAGAACCUCCUUGUUCAGCAGCCACUGGGGAGGAAGAGGGGCCUGAGGCAGCUGAGACGUCCUCUAUUAUCACGUCAGAAGACUCAGACAGAACCAAGAAACCGACAUGCAGCUCGGCUGUCAACCACUCGCAGGAGCAUUCAACCUAAAACGAAGCCAUCUGCAGAUCAGAAACGAUCUGUGACCUUCAUUGAGGCUCAGCCAGAGCCAGCAGCCGCCCCAACAGAUGCACUUCCUGCCACGGGUCAACCUCAGGGCUGCAGCCCCGCCCCAUCCAGGAAACCAGAAAAAAUGGACAAUCCAGUCCUCACGUCUUCCCCUGCCAUAGUUGUUGCAGAUCUCCACAGUCUGUCUCCCAAGCAGACUGAGGCCACCACCUCCGCUGAAGGAGAAAGGAAGGAAGACACAGAAGCAGCACAGGGUGCGACAGCACACAGUCCACUCACUACUCAACUCUCAGACCCUGACGACUUCACGGGCCUCGAGACAUCCAGCCUCCUGCAGCACGGAGACACCGUCCUUCACAUCAGUGAGGAAAAUGGCAUGGAGAACCCUCUGCUGUCCAGCCAGUUCACGUUUACUCCCACUGAGCUGGGGGAGACGGAUGUGGUCCUAGAUGAGUCCCAUGUUUAAUUCUGAAUCUUGUAAGCACUGCAGGGAUAGAAGAAACAUGGAAGGGAUCCCUUUUUUACAAGCUGAACAAUUUGCUUAAAAAAAAAGAUUAAUUACGAGAGAGCACUUUACAUUGAAUGGGUGGCAGAAAUCUAAGUAUAUUUCGCUGCCAAUAUGCAUAAUGUUUCAUAAACAUUUAAAAAAUCAAUGGCUAAAAGGAUUUAGUUGUGUGAAAACCAUAAGAAUCAGGGAGGAAUAAGGGGAAAGAGCCAUUUCACUGCGCAUUUAUGAUUCAAGAAGCCUUCAGCAGUUAAAAAUACAUGCUACUAUCUCACUGCUUUCAUAGAAAUAUUAACAAAUAGUAUGUUCUAACAAAUGCAGUGUUUUGAGAUUAUUCACAUUCUACAUCUCAUGCAAAUGUUUAUUUUUAUAUUUUAAAAAUAUUAAAUCAGGUGACUGUACUAAUAGAAAU